GUGACUUAAAUUUAUACCAUAGACAUAUAUCGUUCGUUUUUCUUGUUUCAGAUUACACAGCAGGCUAUACCAAUCCUAAAACUUCAAGUAAAUUAAAUUGGGACGCAUAGUGGUGAUGCAUCCUUUGCAGGUUUAUCUGCUGCUGGUUUGUGUGGCUUUCCUUUGCGUUCUUCCGCAAAUCGGCCAGUCCAUGGAAACGCAGCACGGUGAGAAGUGGAAGCAUUUGGAUUGCUCAGCGUGCUUAGUGGUGGCGCGGGUGCUGGAAACGCGCAUGAAUAGUUCUCUGGAGUUCGGUCCAACGACCUAUCUCGUUGCCAGCCGCAUGGAGGAGGGCUCGAAAAGCAACAAUCGCCGACUAGAUUUCCGUACAAGCGAGGCGCGCGCAAUCGAGGUGUUGGAGUAUUUUUGUGACGCAGGUUUUUACCACGAUUACCCUCUGCGCUUGAAUUCCAAAACGAAAGUUCGCGGUUACCACCUCCGCACCCAUGGCGAUAUGCGCAACGCAAACUACACGGAGCUGAAUGAGGAUCACUUCUUUCCCCCCGAUCUCGAUCGCGCGGAGCUGGAUAAAAUGCACUCCGAGGGUAAGCUGCCCUUAGCGCGCCUCUACACCGCAGGCGAGAUUCGCGAACUGAGCGUGCUCACGACGAGCGCGCCGGAGCAGUUCUGCGUGCGGUUAAUGGCCGAGCACGAGGAGUUGCUCGAGGAGAUUAUCAAGUAUGCUAAUAGCUUGAGUGAACUCGAAGCGCAUCUCUGCGGAUUUCGGUGGCAGGAGAUGGCCGAUUCAGCUGCAGAGAGCUCCUCUUCUGACUCGAAAGACCUUUUCAAGGUAUUAGGCAGGCCGUUAACGAGGGUGUGUGAGGAUGCCGCUGCCUUGCAAGCCUCCGCGACGUUGGAUCAGCAACGUUGGGAGGCGUGGGAGAACCGCAGCCAGGGCCGCGAUAGCAUGGCGAAAGUUGCCAAGGAGGUGGAGCUAAACCGAGCUCCCAGGCAUGCGAUGCCGAAUAAUUCACAUAAUGUACAUAGUGAGAAAUCUAACAAUAACAAUUCCGUAAAAGUCUCGAAGGCGGAGAACGAGAUAUCUGAUGUAAAUAGUGAUACUAAAGAUCUUUAAGGAGCAUGGAAAUUAGGUUCUAAUUGUGAUUAUUUUUCGUCUCAUUGUCGGUUUAGCGAUCUAAUUUAGGAUU